AUGGUGGAACACACCCCCAAACGCAAAACCGCCUCCAAUUCUCCCUCUUCGUACAGCGGAGGGAUAACCAUCAAAUCCCGCCGGGAGAUGGAGGCCAUGGAGCGGGCCGGCGCCAUUGUGGGCGCGACCCUGACGCUCCUCAAGAAUUCGGUUGAGCCCGGCAUGACCACGGGUGACCUCAACCGCAUUGCGGACAAGAACAUCCGCAGCAUGGGCGCAGUGCCCACCUUCAUCGGCUACCACGGGUUCCCCGCCGCCAUCUGCGCCUCGGUCAACGAGGAAAUCGUCCACGGCAUUCCUGGCAAAAGGGUACUGAAAGAGGGCGAUAUCAUCAAGAUGGACGUGGGAGCAACCAUCGACGGUUUCAUUGGCGACGCAGCCAUUUCGGUGGCGGUCGGCGAGGUGACCGGCGACACCCAAAAGCUCAUGGACGAUACGGAGGCGAGCCUGUACGCCGGGAUCGCCGCGGCUCAGCCGGGCAAUCGGAUUGGUGACAUCGGAGCCGCCGUAUCGGGAUACGCCGUACCGCGCGGCUACGGCGUGGUCCGGCAGUUCGUCGGCCACGGUGUGGGUCGCUACCUCCACGAGGACCCGCAGGUCCCGAAUUACGGCGAGGCCGGCAAGGGCGUUUUGCUGCGGCCGGGCAUGUGCAUUUGCAUUGAGCCCAUGCUGAACAUGGGCACCGAAAACACCACCAUACUGGGCGACGACUGGACGGUGGUCACCGCCGACGGUGCGUUGUCCGCUCACUUUGAGCACACCCUGGCCAUCACCGCGGACGGUCCCAAGAUACUGACGAUGCACGACUAG